AUGCGGCGCGUAUUUAAUGCUAAGCGAAAAAGGCAGAAAAAAAGACGUAAGGAAAGGAAAAAGGAAGAGGCAAGACAGGCCAGGGCUGCCGACAGAGAGAGAAGGAUUCAGCAACAGGCGGAACGUAUCGUACAAACUCGUGUUCAGAAAGGAGAGCUUAGAGUAGUCGAUAAAGAAGGGAGCGUUUCAAGGGCCGCGGCCGAAAAAUUGUGCGGGUCUACUCGUAAAAGAGCCAACCCUAGCCGUGCUUUCCUGGAAGAGGAAGGUCCCUCCAAGAAGGUCCUCCGGCGGCAAACACAGUCACGUGUUGUAUUAAAAGAAAUUUGUCCAGAUCAACUAGCAAUGAAAAACGUCCCCCUUGGCAGUGGCAGUUUCGGUUCAUGCUACCUGGCAGCAUACAGGGGCAUCGAUGUGGUUGUAAAAGAGUUUCGUAGAGGAACUAUAACAACGAUAGUAAAAAGGAAGCAGAGACGAGAGUGCGAGAGGAGCUCAUUUACGAGGCGUGCAUCAUGACCAAACUCGGCGACCAUCCCGGUCUUCCGCUUUUAUUUGGCGUUUGCUCAGAGCGGGCACCCUAUCGCAUAAUUAUGCAGUUUCAUGGGUCCCAGGACGGCAGUUCCAUGACCAUAGCAAAUGUUCUUGCCAAGAAACAAAUAACUGACAAGGCAACUUGGACAAGGGUAAUUUGCAAGACGGCGGUGGCUUUAUCUCGAAUCCAUGAAAAGGGGUUUUUACACAAUGACCUGAAAUCAGAUAAUGUUGUUAUUGACCACAGAAAUGGUACUUACAACCCGGUAGUCAUAGACUUUGGAAUAAGUGUCCCACUGAUUGGAGCAAGAGGGGCAAAAACUCUUUCACUGGAUAAACAAAGAACAUAUUCUAGGGAAUUUCCACAUAUUGCCCCCGAAAUUGUGGGAGGAUUCAGAGGCCAAAGCGUUGCCAGUGACAUUUUUAGUCUCGCAAAAAUUGCGGAGACAAUUUUUAGAAAAGCGGAACUGGGACACCUUCCUGUCUUGUUUGUUCAGGGCUUGAAUGUAGACCCAACAAAAAGGCCAAGUUUGGACAAAAUUAUAGCGAUCAUGUAA